AUGGGAGCGGAAAAUGCAAGCGACGUUCUCUGGGCGGCCGCUGUGCGACCAAAAUCGGCAGGGCCCUCCUACCGAAGGCGCCCACACAACUACCAGCCCAGCCCGCCUUGGAUGCAGUUUCCGCGUCCUGACUACUACAACGAAUACGACCGCGGGGAAAAGGUAAGCGCUUCUUUUAAUGGCGUAGUAAGAACAGAGCGAAAACGAAAGGAUAUCUUGAGAGGCGAAGACUUGCGCAAAGUUUUCGCCGGGGCGCCCCUCCUGGGGAAACGCGUAGUUUAGCCGCGUGAUGGCUUUAUCACUAUUUCAAUAACAGGUGGGACACUUGUGUCGGCCAGAAUCUGCCACAGCGGUAAUGUACUACACCGGAAAGUUGCCACCCCAGCCGGAAGAAGUCCUAACAAUUCCGAAAGAGACCCCGAAACCAAAUAGACAAGCGCGCCCGAAGACGGCAAUUGCAGCACCGGCGGUGCACAAAAGAGAGCCGCCGAUUCGAGAAACAGACCCGGCGACGAAGAAGAAGAGAUGGGUGCAACGGCCCCAGACCGCCCCGAGUCACGGCGAUCGGCGGGCUUCGACUUCAAUAAUCACGAUAAACGCGAGGGUCGAACAAGCACCAGGUGAGUACUAAUAAUUCGUGCCCUCGAAUGCGAAUGGAACAAAAUACGCGGGGUUUUUUUCCGCAUCCCAUUAUGUUUUUCUGGGAGGAGCCAGCCUGCGAGCUUUCUUGAUGAAGUCGAACAAAAAAACAGGUUGGACUGGGUACGUUCCGGGAGAUGAAGAAAAUGUCGGAAGGACACGGCUGCAGCCCGAGCCCCGAGAAGAUGAGAAAAUACCACUGGCAAAAGAUCCACCAAGUAUUUUAAGAUUGUUGAAUUUUAUUCCGGGAUUGUGCGCACGACAAGGAACAGCAUGUCAUGUGUAGGCGGCGUCGAACAGUUUUGAGUUGGUGUUGAUCUCGAGAUUGCUUGGCUGUCUCAUUACGCCUGCUUGUCGUGCGGUGGAUCAAAAGUAAAGUCGCAUCUAAAGAUUCUGCUCACCAAAAAAACUACAGUGCAAAAGCUUUCGAAGGGAGCUCCGGCGUGGAUAGAGAACAUUCAGGUGAGUGACGAGAUCAAAGCGAGAUACAUGAAGAAAUUUGCAGAAAUAACGAAGAAGCCAGUGCAGAACCACGCGUCGGGUCACUACACGGAAAGAAAAAAGCAGCGCGACCUGCGGAAGAAGACGUACUGACUUUUUAGCAAUUUCAAAAUUUGCUGAGGGAUUGACCAGAGAAAAUUUGAAAGAAGUGGUUGAUGUUUUAGAGUAUCGAGCAGUUUUUAAAUUUUUGAAACUGCAACCGAACACAAACAUCAAACACAGUAUCUGGCGAGGUCCGAAGGAGCACAGCUACGCCCCGCCCACGAAACCGCCUGCAAUAUGCAAUCCACGAAAAGGAAUUCAUCCCGAAGCGGGCUACUCGUGGUAUCCAGCACCAACACCCGCUGAAGUUCCGCACCGAAAUCGGGAUCGCGUAUAUGGCACCGCGUCUCUGGACUUCUCGGCGCUGGAUCAGAGGAGGAAAGCCGACCAUUUUCGCUACCUCAUAGAUCCGUGGCGGGCAAGCCUCCUCGGAAAACCUAAAGUCCCGCCUUUGCUCAAGUAGGUGGAGAAAAAAACAUAGGUGGUAUGUUGAGCGCGGGAGCGCUACGCUUGCUGCAGGAGCUGAUUUAGAAUGGUAGUAGAAGAGAGAUUCUCAUGCUCCUUUAGAUGACCGCCAGUGUACACUCGGUGUGAACAUCGCCACCGAUUGCAACAAUUCAAAAUUAAUGUAAAACUAAAAAGCCAAUUUACUAGUUUUAGAAUCAAGAAGCAACAGAAGUCACCGCUGCUCAUCUGAGGGCGGUGUAUGAAACGUAAGACUUUGGAAAAUUUAUGACUCAGGAAUGCAACAAAAGCGGUGCUUGAACGCUGCUAGAGAGCUGAAAUUACAAACGAAAUUCGUAGUAAACCCCAAAUGUACCAAUUUCCCACCACUAAUUUACCUUGUACGAGUGUAACACGUUUACGAACAAAACCCGGAGAAGUCCCCAUUCUCCCGAACGAAUUGUGACAGAGCUUGGUUUCCAGGUAGAAAGAUUUUGCCAGAGCAGCUGCUACGCUUAUGCG